AUGAAGUCCUAUCAGAAGCUGACAACGAACGUGUCUCAGACCACCGAGGCGGGGGAGGAUGGUGCUGAUGGAAAACCAUUGUGCCAUCAGAAGUUGUCGGCUUGGUGGCUAGGUGGGGGCCUCUUGAUGGUAGCCGCCCUCCUAAGCGGGGUGACCGUUUGGGUUCUCGGGCAGAUUUGGUGGGAUCAGCAUGGGGUUCCCCUCUUGUCAAAAUGUACCUCCGUGCCAGAGAACCGCCGCUUUGACUGUUACCCGGAGAGAAGUGUGAUUGUGACGCGAGAACUUUGUGAGAGUCGGGGGUGCUGUUUUGUUGACGGCGAGGGGCCCCUCCAUGGAAUAAACGGGGUUCCGUGGUGCUUUUAUCCCCCCGAUUUCCCCAGCUACACCUUGGGGAGCACGAACGAGACCGACCUGGGGCUGGUGGGUUUUCUAACCAGAGAAACAAAGACUUAUUAUCCAAAAGAUAUUGAGAAGCUUCAGCUCAGUGUGGAGUUCGAAACAGACUCUCGGCUGCACGUCAAGAUUGCUGAUGCCAUCAACCCUCGAUAUGAGGUGCCUCUUGACGUUCCUCAAGCCACCAAGAGAGCAGAGAACCCUCUCUAUUCCGUUGAGUUCUGCAAGGAGCCUUUUGGCUUGAUAGUCAAGCGAAGAGUUUCAGGGACAGUUCUGUUGAACACCACAGUGGCUCCCCUGUUUUUUGCGGAUCAGUUUCUCCAGAUUUCCACUGUCCUCCCUUCUACGUUUCUUUAUGGGUUGGGGGAACAUCAGAGCAACUUCCUGCAUAAUCUGGAGUGGAACACGCUGCCUCUGUGGGCCCGAGAUGUCCCUCCUACAGAGUCCUACAAUCUCUAUGGCGUUCACCCGUUCUAUCUUCUCAUGGAGAAAGAUGGAGCUGCCCACGGGGUUUUCCUCCUGAACAGCAACUUGAUGGAGGUGGCCCUUCAGCCUGCUCCUGCCCUCACAUGGAGGACCACUGGGGGAAUUUUAGAUUUUUACAUCUUUUUAGGACCAGACCCCAACUUGGUGGUCCAGCAGUACCAGCAAGUGAUUGGGUUUCCGGCCAUGCCCCCCUUUUGGGGACUGGGGUUCCAUCUCUGCCGUUGGGGAUACGGGACAAGCAACGAGACCUGGGAGACGGUCAAAGCUAUGCGGAAUUUUCAGAUCCCUCAGGAUGCCCAGUGGAAUGACAUCGAUUAUAUGGACGGCUCUCGGGACUUCACCGUGGACUCCGAGAAGUUUGGCAGCCUACCCCAGAUGGUAGAAGAUCUUCAUAAGCACGGACAAUCCUACGUGCUGAUCCUGGACCCCGGAAUCAGCAGCACUCAGCCUCCUGGCUCUUACUGGCCUUACGACGAAGGUCUGAAGCGCGGCGUGUUCAUCAAUAACACUGAAGGGAAACCCCUGAUUGGAAAGGUCUGGCCCGGCUUCACUGCUUAUCCUGACUUUACCAACCCAACCACUCAUGAGUGGUGGCUAGAAAAUCUGAAGCAUCUUCACAGUCACGUUCCUUUCGAUGGCCUUUGGAUCGACAUGAAUGAACCAUCCAACUUCGUUGAUGGCUCAACAGAAAGUUGCCCCAAAGGGGACCUAGACAACCCACCUUACAUGCCAGGGAUCCUGGGAGGUUCUCUUUCUGCCAAGACGAUUUGCGCUUCGGCCAAGCAGAGUCUCUCCGUGCAUUACAAUCUCCACAACCUCUAUGGUCUGAUGGAAGCCAAGGCCACCUCAAGGGCUCUUGUUGAAAUCCGAGGGAAGAGACCCUUCGUUAUUUCACGUUCCACAUUCCCAAGCCAGGGCAGGUAUUCAGGACACUGGCUGGGGGACAACCGGAGCGAAUGGAAGGAUAUGUUUUGGUCCAUUCCAGGCCUGCUGAGCUUCAGUCUCUUUGGAGUCCCCUUGGUUGGGGCCGACAUCUGUGGCUUCUCCAGCUCCACCUCGGAAGAGCUCUGUGUUCGCUGGACGCAGCUCGGGGCUUUCUACCCCUUUUCACGCAAUCACAACACUCGACUUGAGAAGGCUCAAGAUCCCACGGCCUUUAGCCCAGCAGCCCGGACUGCCAUGAAGGCCGCUCUGGAACUCCGUUACACCCUGCUGCCCCUGCUGUAUUCUCUCUUCCAUCGGGCUCAUCUGCAAGGGGACACUGUCGCCCGCCCUCUGUUUUUUGAGUUCCCAAAGGAUGAGGCCACCUACACGUUAGACAAGCAGUUUCUUUGGGGCCGAGGCCUGUUGGUGACGCCCGUACUGGAAGCUGGUGCGGUCUCAGUGAUUGGUUACUUCCCCAAAGGUGUUUGGUACGAUUACUACACGGGUUCUUCGGUGAACAGCAGCGGGGAAAGCUUGAAAAUGGCAGCCCCUCUGGAUCACAUCAACGUCCAUCUGAGAGAAGGCACCAUCUUGCCGACUCAGAAACCCGGAGGCAGCACUUGGCUGACACGCCGGAACCCUCUGACCCUGAUCGCAGCCUUAUCCCAGACCUCCAACGCCUGGGGAGACCUUUAUUGGGAUGACGGCGACAGCCUGGACACCUUUGAAAAGGGUGACUAUUCCUACCUGGUGUUCAACGUCACCCAGAACACUUUCAUCUCCACCGUCCUGCAUUCCAGUACCGAAGCCACCCACCUCACGGUGGAUAAACUCAGUGUCUACGGAGUCCGGGAAGAGCCGAAAACGGUCACCGUCAGUGGCAAAAACUGGCCCUUCAUUUAUUUGUCCAAUCAGGUACUCCACGUGAGCAACCUGCAGCUUCCCCUCAGCCAGGGCUUCUCUGUACGAUGGCUGUGAGCCCAGGAGAAU